AUGGCCGAACCCCAUCGCGACGAGUCCGACUUCGACGACUCCGCCGACGAAGCCAUCACAAUCACCCUCACCCACCGCAACACCCCGCACACCUUCAAGUUCCCCAGCGACGGCACUAUCACCCACCUCUCCGAAGAUGUCGAAGACGCUCUCUCCAUCCCCGCCUCCAACCAAAAGUUCAUCGUCCCGAAGCUCGGCCUGCUGAAGCCCCCGUUCAAGGACCCCGACAUGUCCCUCGCCGACCUGCAAGGCAAGAAGAUCAUGCUCAUGGGCGUCGAGGCGAAGGAGGUCGCCUCCCUGCAGGCCGCGUCCGAGUUCGCCGCACGCCGCAACGCCGCCCGCAGCGCCGCGCGGAGGGCGAAUCGCCCGUCGCGGAGGCGGGACCAGGCGCGGUCGCAGGCGCACAGCACGUAUACCUUCCUGUCCGUCAGGCCGCUGGCGGGGCUGCCGAACCCGGAGCGGUCGCUGGCGCUGCUGGAGAAGCUGAAGGAGGACCCGGGGAUCCGCGCCUCGAUGGUGAAGCACAAGUUCAGCGUCGGCCUGCUGACGGAGAUGGAGCCGCUAUCAAACACGCAGUCGAGCCACGAGGGCACGACGAGGCUGCUGGGGCUGAACCGGAACCAGGGAGAAGUCAUCGAGUUGCGUCUGAGGACAGACGCGCAUGACGGAUACAGGGACUACAAGACGAUUCGAAAGACGCUGUGCCAUGAGUUGGCGCACAAUGUUCACGGCCCCCACGACAGGAACUUCUGGGACCUGUGCCACCAGAUCGAGCGCGAGGUUGACGCCGCGGACUGGAAGCACGGCGGGCAGACCGUCGGGCAAUCAUCAUCCUAUUAUGCGGCUGGAGAGGACGAGGAGGAAGGUUUCGAGGACCACGGGGGCUGGGAAGGGGGCGACUUUGUUGUCGGCGGAAGCGCCGCUGACAACAAGGGCUUGAGCCGACGGGAGAUUCUAGCCAGAGCCGCAGAGGAACGCCUGAAAAAGAUGAAUAUGGAAAGGAGGGAUGGCGGAAAGCCGGAUUCAGGAGCAUCACCUUGA